CAUUGGCCACCGAGGACAGUGUCGGUCUUUCUGCUUCAUAAAGCUAAACAUUCACUGGAUAUAGCAGAACUGUUAGGGAUUGCUAGCUUCAUACUUCGGAGUAUAUUCUUCUUUGAAGUGGCUGGGGUACCGUUGUGGUGUCAUUUUGCAGCUUCUGCUAUUCGACUUAGGUUUUCCGCUGGUGAAGUCAGGAAGACAACAUGUCUAGGAGAGGACAGCAUAGGCCUGUGAGGACACUGAGCAUUCAACGCCAACCGUCUACCGAAGAGGACAGUCGUGGUGAUGUUAAGUACAGCUUUCUGCCGGCUGAGCUAGGCAACCCAAAGGUGCAGGAAUCUGAUGGAAGCUUCUUCGAGAGUUUCACCGCCUUAUCAUGGAAGCAGGAGAACAGGCGCCUCAGGGCAGCAAAUGAGGAUGAGAAGGAGGCAGACAAAGCACCGCCGUCGGAGUUGCUAUUUGGACCACGACAAAAGAUUCAUCGCUUACAGGAUAAGGAGUUCGAACUCCUAUACAUUGAGGUGCUGUACACAAUAAAACAUAAGAUUGGAACCACGAGUGGUGGUCAUCUGCCUUUUAUCCGGGAUCUCUACCUCUAUGCCCAAGAUGCCUUUGGUAUAUCUCCCGAGGAGCAUGCAAGGUUACUGGCGAAAGCUAGUGAGGAAAAGGCGCCAAUUGUCAUUUUGAAUUGUACAGUUGUUGAGGGAAAGGACCUUGAGGCUAAAGAUGCAAAUGGCUUCAGCGACCCCUACUGCAUGCUAGGUAUCAUGCCUGGUCGCAAGGCCUCAGCCGCCCGCCUAGAUAUCAACGAAGGAGGCACAUAUUCAUCGGACGAGGAGCUAAAACCAAAAGAAAAGAGAAGUGCCCUCAAGAAGUUCUCUCAAAGCAUAAAAAGAAAAAAGGAGAAACACACUGUCGUUAAAGACAUCUUACCAGCCAAGUAUAUCAAGUCCACCACGGUGCAGCCAUGUACCCUGAAUCCAAACUGGAAUGAAAAGUUUAGAUUCGAUUUAGAUGACCCUAAGUCGGACAGACUUCAUCUUGAUAUCUGGGACCACGAUGAGGAGGUGUCCGUAUUCGAUGCUGCCAGCAAACUGAAUGAGAUCCAGAGCUUGAAAGGCCUCGGGAGGGUGUUCAAGCAGAUUGCCCAGUCAGCGCGAGCCGGUGAAGAUGGUGCCGUUGAUGACUUCUUAGGUUGUGUUAACGUACCACUCGAUUGUAUUCCAUCAACAGGUAUUGACAAGUUCUUUGACCUCGAAGGUCGAUCCAAUAGGUCAAAUGUUCAAGGUCAGAUCCGCCUGAAGUUGAACCUUGCCACCAGGGAGGACAGGGGAGUUUCUGAAGAGGAUAACUGGACGGAUAUCAAACAGCAUGAAGAUCUUUACUGUAUCUUUAUUGAACACGAGAUAAGGAAAUACCAGGAUGCAAAAUACAGAUGGGAUGGGGAGUUACCCCAGGCGGCGCAGACUAUCCUUCACCAACAUGCCAUACAGGGAGACAUUACUGAAGUGCAAAGGGCCAUGUGUCGCUGGGCGGCCUACAGCAAAAAGCAUCUGGAACACCCCUUUGACUAUGAGGUGCUGUACAGGCUGCUGGAAGAUUUGGAUUCAGUCUGGGAGCCUAGUGCACUAUCCAGGGAAGAGGACAAGGACGAGGAAGGCAAUGAGGAAGAGAAAGAAAGAAAUGCAAAAAAAUCGCCAUACGGUACGAAUCGACCAAGAAAGACUCAAGAAGAAUCUCUGGCUGAGUCUUUUAAUCUAUUCAUUGAGUUCUGCCUUGGCCUAUUACGCAAGCUUCGUCAAGUGUUCCCGGCAGCCAACAGAGCAGCACAAGUCAGGCUAGAUUUCAUGCUGAGGUGCCUUGCUAAAAUAUACCAGAUGAGUGUGUUCCGCAAGUGCUGUCCAUUCCAGAAAGAGCUGCAUUCGGAAAUUGUGGCAGUUUUAAAGAAAGGAAACCUUGAAUGGUAUGAGAAACAGUAUUCUAUCACACGACCACAGACGAAUGUUAAGGGUGAAGAUGAGAUUGUCGUGUCCCUGUCUGAGCUGACCAACAUUAUCAACACAGACUGCCAGAAGUCUCUCCUUUACUAUGACAAAUCCUUUGAAAAAAUCGGCAAUGUGAAAUAUUUUGGCGUUCUCUACAAGCAAUUGGAGAAAAUGAUCUCUGAUGAUAUCAGCGCCGGCCUUGAAGAAGAGCUUGGUGAUGACGUAAACAAAGAGAUGGACGGUGUAAAAUUGCCCAAAAGACCGCCAUCUGCAUCCGACCAGGCGGAGUUAGAUUGCCCCGGGGCCCAUCAGCAAGGCACGCAGUUAUUUGAGCUAUACUUGGCUCUGCAAGAAUUCACAAAAUUCAGGGAAAAUCUCCCUGCGAGUGAAAGAAAAUCGUUGGCGGUGUCCCAACAUUACGAAUGGUUUAAACCAGCCGUGGAAAGAUGGUUGCCGAUGGCCAAACACAAACUGAUGCAAAGGAUCAAGAAAGCAGUAGAGUUGGACAAGAUAUUCAGAGAUAGAUCUUCACACAUCGAGAUGUCUGAAGUGGAAUCGGGGGUGAAACACAGCACAUCCGCAGUUGACGUCUCUUGCUGCUUCGGGCAGAUCAUUGAGUUCUGGAGGCAGCUCUCCUGGCCAGAUCUACCCACCGCAUAUCCAUUUAUUACAAAGAUCACCGACGAUAUGUGUGUGGGUGCAACAUACUAUGCUGACCUUAUCCACGGCAAGCUGAAAAACGCUGGAUAUUACGAUGAAGUUGGGCAGUUUGAUGUCACUGAACAGAGAAAGCUUGAUCUCCAGCUUUGCAUAACCAUCAACAACAUAGAACAAGUGCGCAGGGCCCUGAAACCCUUGCCAGAGGCCCUUCAGUUUGCUGAGGUGUUAAGGGCGAUGGAGCGUGUCAAAGGAGAGAAGGCAUUCAAACAGGCAAGACAGUCCCUGAUGGGUAUUAUCAGGGGUGCUGAUGAUGAGAUGGUGAAAAAGAUCAAACAAGUGGUUGACAGGGUGGCCGAUAAGAUGCGGCCAGACCUCAAGAAGGACGUGUUCCACUUAUGCUGGGCGCCUGAAUCGGUUCCUGCUGAAGAUGCAAUUGGUGAUCUGAUGACCUAUCUGGAUAGUAAUCUCCUUACAUUAAAUACGAAUCUCCUUAGGACCAACUUCGACCGUAUAUUACACUCAAUCUGGGUGGAGUGUCUGGAGGAAUUGCGUGACGUCAUUACAGCUGACGCUUCAGAAGAAGAUCGAACAAAGCAAUUCUACAGACGGAUGUAUGAUUCACUGUCAAUUCUUGUUGAAUUCUUCCACGCCAACGAGAAAGGUCUGAAGAUGUCGAUCAUAAAGGGACCAGAAUAUGUGGCGGUUGAGCGACUACUGCGUUUCAAUAAAGCAGAUACUGGAGAACUCGAAUCCAUGUAUUUCAUAGAACAUUUACAAUUACAGAAAGAAACGGAGACAACCAAGUUUGGUACUCUCAGCACACGUGUCUAUUACAACUUCGAUGCUGAAAUUCUGUGUGUUGAAGUACUCAGUGCUAAAGAUGUCAUUCCAUUGGACACGAACGCUGAAUGCAACGAGGGCGAGAAAAGAGGCCUGAGUGACCCUUUCGUCAUGAUCGAGUUGUGUCCCUCCUCAGUGUUUCCUAACCAAACGGUACAGAAGACACGCAUCAUCAAGAAGACAUUACAUCCACUUUUCGAUGAAUCGUUUGAGUUCAAUGUAACUGCUGAUCAGUGUAAAGAGUCCGGUGCCGUGGUUCUGUUCACUGUCAUGGAUCAUGAUAUCAUGUUCACUAAUGACUUCGCCGGCGAGGUUGUUCUCUCUUUGAAUAACAUUCCAGGUGUCAAUGGGGAGGAGGUGACAGGAUUCAAUGCCCUGAAGUCUACCACGAGUCCUCUGAUACAGGUCAAGGAAAAAGGUUUUGGACCUUUAGCUAUUCUUGAGCAAAGAGCGACGGAUCCAAAGGCACAAGAAUUCGUGAAGAAGCGAAGAGCAAUUGAAGCCAAAGUUGCAACAUAGUGCAAUAGAUCAAAGUGCAAUCAACCAACAAUACAUCUAUAUCCCCGCGAGAAACAAAUGGCCACUUUUUUUAAUCUGCAAGGCACCAUCUUUGGUGCCUCAUUACUUGCGUUCCACAGCAGGCGUUUCUAUCGUUCCUAAAGUAUGCUCAACCAAAGCCUGAGUUCAUUAGAAAUGAUCUGUUAGGCCUGCUUUGGGAGGAUGCAUUACUAGUAAUUUGUUCACAUAUCGUUUGUUAUAUACACAGCACAGUACUGCCCACCGUCGAACAGUGUCAAAUUUGAGACUCUUGAUUUCGUCACAUAUAUAUCGGUGUACAGUAUUAUAUUGUACAUUGUCUGUAUAGGGGGCAUAAAGAAGGGUUCUCGUUAUAAAUUCAGCUAUACGCCAUAGAUAUCGAUAUUUACGUAAAAAGUUUCACCGCACUGGUCUGUGUAGUUACUGCACGACACUUCUGUUGAGUGCGAAUUUCAUGCGGGCUGAAUAUGAUCGUUGUGAAUACACUCUUUGAUGAAAUGAAUUUUUUUUUAGCUUUUCAAGAAAAGAAUCCUUGUAUCGGCCAACACAAUACAGCCCUAUUUCACGGAAUCUCAAAAAAAAACAUUUUGGUUCUGGGCUUAAGGUUUUUUUUCACUUUGCUGAACAACCCAUAAGAGGAUCAUAUUUCUGUUGGCCAAAAAACCAUAGGCCUAACAGGUCUUUCAGAAGCACCAAAACCUUUAUUUAUAGCGUGAAUAAAAGGCAAAAAGGAUGAUGAGAUGCGGAGUACUUGUAUUAGAAGUAUAAUAUGCCAACCUUCCAAACAGACGGUCUCCAUUCUUUCAAGUGCUCUUCCACCAGUUUAAACUUUAGACAAGUGGAUCAUGUAGACGAAUCGACCUAUUUCACUUGUUAUUUGGUCAGACAUGUCAUUUUUAUUGCCAAUAUAAUCAACACAGUGAGAGGGCGUGGGUAGUUCUUAUGCAUCUUUAAAAAACUAAAUCCUGACAAUGAGACGACUGGCAUAGUCCUUAUGUACUUUUUAAUCAUCACACUGUUGAGACGAGUAUACAUGUAAUUUGUAUCCAAAUAUAUAAGAUGCGUACAUAGUUCUUAUGUAGCUUUAAAGACAAAAUCAUGACAAUGAGAAGACAUACAUAGUUCUUAUGUAAUUUUAAUUACCACACCGUUGAGUAUAAAAUGCAUUUCAAAUAUAUACAAUGCGCUUAUUUGACCAAGUAUAUGGAUUAUACAGACCGUUAGCGGUUCAUCCAUUUUUCAAUUUUAUAAAUAGUUAGAGUCAUUAAGACAGAAAUUUAAAGCAAAUCCUGCGCAGUGUGAUAUUCAAAUUACACAACUGUAAUGUGGUAUUUUUUAUACGACUUAGCAAAAGGGUAGACAAACCAGCACAGCGGUGUAAAAGAUUGAAUGACCGGUGUAGCAUUUCAAAAUGUCAUACGAUAUAGCCUCCCCCUCCGCGGACAAAGGUUGAUAUUAUGUGCUUUAACCCCUGAGGACCUAAACUGUAACCAUACAAUAGAGAAGGACCCUUUUUCAGCUGGUGGGUCAUUUAAAACGGUUACAUCGGUUAAACAGUGAAAGAGGAGUUUGCUUUUUACCACCAUGCGCAGUUGAUAACACGGUUGUUAUGAAAUAAUUUUAUGUCGUCCUUUAAGUGUCUCUUAUUGUAAUAUUUAUAUUUAUCUAUUCUGGAUAUUUUGUGAUAAAACGGGCAAUGUCUUUAUUUCUUUGGGAUAUCAUUUUACGGGAUACAAGCCUACCAAGGAUCUCUAGAAAAAUUCAGAAAAGAGGUAAAAGAAUCGUUCUUUAACUACAUGUAAUAAAACGUGUCAGCAAGAAUGAUAUCAAAACGACUCCAGUUUGAAACUAGUUUGUAUCUCCAUUACUUGGGAGUGCGAUUAUGACAGCUGCUAUGAUCGACAAGCAAUGUCUCUCAUCUGUAUGUUAACUCAGUGUUUAUCGUUGAUGGCAGGUAUGGAUGUGACUGAAGGCCAACACCAUUAAAAACGAUGGAGACAUUUAUUUUGUCUGAAAUGAACUUCAAUUUUAUUAAGUUACGAAUAAUUUGUGUAAUUCGAUUUUAAACAUAUCAUAAAAAUCUUAACUGCUUUUUAAUGUCGGCCAAUCAUUGUGCAUAUUGUUUAUGACGUGCGUUGGCAAUUCGCAUAUUUGUAGAAAAAUACAUAUUAUCAAGUAUAUCAUUAUUAGAUAUUGAAUACACCAAGCAUUUUCUAUAAAGCUUAGAUGCAUGUAUUUUAAAUUAUGCACCGAUUUCAUAAACUAGCAUUGAAACCAUGGUGAAUGAUGACUCCAGCAUUUUCGAGCUUUCGCUUAAAACACGUGGAAACAUGGCCCUGUGAUUGCUUGUUUGGUGUAUGUUGGUUGCCAUAAUCUCGAGAAUGUUGAUUCGUAUACUGAAGUCAUCCACCCCAACAAAGCAUGCAAUUUUCAUGCUGCUUAGGCAUCUUAAACUUAGCCUAUCUUUAUGGAGAAAGGUACAUUACAAAUACAAUAGUCGACACGAUCAAAUACAUUACAGUGAUCUACAACGGUGAUGAACAUUUACUCGGGCUUAACUUCUUUACAACGGAAUUGGAUUUUUAUACUCGCUGCUUUAAAAUAAUUGAUGAAGUCCUAAAAUUAUAGUGUAACAGUUGCUGCGUGUGCUGACAAAACGGACAAUAACACGUACAUUGUGUGCCAUCAUCCAGAUAGAGUAGAGACUACAUUAGCAAUUAGGACGCUUUAACACAGAUGGACUUCCCUAUGCUUGUACUGCAGUGUUACGUUUUGGACGACAGAAAGUUACAUGUAUAUUGUAAAUACACAUACAGAAAUUAAUAUAUUACACAUCUAUCAUCGAUUUUGUAUUGUGACCUGUUAAUGCUUAGAUAGUGGGAACACCACAUUUUGAUAUGCACCUGCCUAUAUUGUGAUGAUGUGGCCCUUUUUCCGUCAUAUUUUAAGCACGAAUAUUCAUGUACAGUACUUAGUAUUCUGUUGUAUAUGACCCAUCUUUCGUACAACAAUCUAGGCUUACUUUUUGUCAGGAGUCGACCGACCAUGGCAAUCACCACGAAGCUGUCAGCCCGCUGAAGAAAUGUUCAACAAUUUGGUGUCUAUAUUCAGCAGGUAUUACAUAACCGUAUGUUGCUCUCUGAUCGUGUUGGCCUAUAAUUCGAUAGAUGGAGCUCCGCCACGAUAUGCCAACGUGAUUUGAUAAUUUCACAUAUCCUUCUGAAGCUUGAUGGUUGCUGAGAAAUUUCGUUUGCUUCAUUCAAAUUCCGUACAAGAAUCCUAACUUAUAAUACUUGAAUCACGGGACCCUGCGAUACAGCACAUGAUAGUUGUCUUAGAUAAGAAAGCCAUAAAAAUUUGAGGAGGGAAAAUUACAUGCUGAUUUACGAGAUGCCUUUAAGUCUUAAAUUUUAUACAAUGAUUUCUAUAUAAUGUAAUGUACACAUAACUGGGCUAUCACAACUCUUUCAUUGGUUAGUUCAUUGCCAAUGGUGCAUAAAACGAGGCUAAUCAUGAAUCUUGCGUGAUAUGACAUGAUAUGGUAUUGGCGUGUCGGGUUUGUGUUGAAACACUCCCUGCUUCUACAUUAUUGUCAGUAUUUAGGUGAAAGGUCGUCGACAACGAAUUUGAUCGUUAGUUUGACGAAAGCUUUAGACCCUUUUGGAACCUUGUGUGAAACUUCAGGCAUCCUAUAUUUCCCACCAUUAUCUGUCUCAAGUGUCUCUGGCUUAGACAUGUUAGACGAUAACAUGAUUUAGAAGGUAUGUUUGCAAACAGUAGACAUAUCAUAGGCCUACAUGUAGGAGGACUAUUGCAGUUGGAAAUCUUUGCGUAUUGACGUUGUGAUGGAUGUUGCAUCAAAAUAUGUUCAUACUAGAAUUCCAUGACUUUUGUGGCACUCUCUUAUAUUUUGAUCACAGUAUGUAUUGAAUACAAUAAAAGUACUACUCCGAAA